AUGGCAGUGGCUUUUGAUGCAAUGUUGGCUCGGGUCAAGGAUGUCUGUAAAAGAAAUGGUUUGCUCAUUCUCUCAGUAUUAUCUGUCAUAGUUGGAUGUCUUCUUGGAUUCUUCCUCAGGACCAGGCAUCUCUCCCCACAGGAAAUUAGUUAUUUCCAGUUUCCUGGAGAGUUACUUAUGAGAAUGCUGAAAAUGCUUAUUCUACCACUGGUUGUUUCAAGCUUAAUGUCUGGGUUAGCAGCUCUGGACGCUAAGACAUCUAGUCGAUUAGGCAUCAUCACAGUCACUUACUAUCUUUGGACCACUUUUGUGGCUGUUGUUGUGGGAAUUGUUAUGGUCUCCAUUAUACAUCCUGGUGGGGCAGCCCAGAAGGAAAACACUGAGGAAAGCGGGAAGCCAAUAAUGAGCUCUGCAGAUGCAUUGCUGGACUUGAUUCGGAACAUGUUUCCUUCUAACCUUGUUGAGGCCACUUUUAAACAGUACCGAACCAAAAGCAUCCCUAUUGUGAAAGCCAACAAGGCAGCAUCUGAAAGUGCCACUCACCGAAUAAUAAUCUAUGGAAUUCAGGAUGAAAAUGGAUCUAACAUUCAAAAUUUUGCCUUGGAUAUCACACCACCACCAGAAGUGAUUUACAAAUCAGAACCAGGUACCAGUGAAGGCAUGAAUGUGCUGGGAAUUGUAAUAUUCUCUGCUACCAUGGGAAUAAUGCUGGGUAGGAUGGGUAGCAGUGGCGUUCCCUUGGUGAGCUUUUGCCAGUGCUUAAAUGAAUCUGUCAUGAAGAUAGUGGCUGUUGCUGUGUGGUAUUUUCCAUUUGGAAUAGUUUUUCUUAUUGCUGGCAAGAUCUUGGAAAUGGAUGAUCCCUCCGCCAUUGGGAAGAAGCUGGGCUUUUAUGCCAUUACAGUGGUCUGUGGCCUGGUAGUACAUGGACUUUUCAUUCUGCCAAUGAUGUACUUCUUCAUCACCAAGAAGAACCCCAUAGUCUUCAUCAGAGGAAUUCUUCAAGCCUUGCUUAUUGCUCUGGCCACAUCAUCCAGCUCAGCUACUUUGCCUAUAACCUUCAAAUGCUUGUUAGAGAAUAACCACGUGGACAGGAGGAUUGCCAGAUUUGUUCUCCCUGUGGGGGCCACCAUUAAUAUGGAUGGAACUGCCCUUUAUGAAGCAGUAGCAGCUAUUUUCAUUGCUCAAGUAAAUAAUUAUGAGCUGGACUUUGGUCAGAUCAUCACUAUAAGCAUCACAGCAACAGCUGCCAGCAUAGGCGCGGCUGGAAUCCCACAAGCUGGCCUUGUAACCAUGGUCAUCGUUCUGACAUCAGUGGGGCUGCCUACAGAUGACAUCACUCUAAUUAUUGCUGUCGACUGGGCAUUAGACAGAUUCCGAACAAUGAUCAAUGUCCUGGGGGAUGCCCUUGCUGCUGGAAUCAUGGCUCACAUCUGCAGAAAAGAAUUCACCAAAGAUGGGCCUGAGGUGCCUUUGAUCUGUGAAACUAAACCCAUUAGCAUCCACCAGAUCAUGGCUUACCAAAGAAAUGGCUGUGUGAAGAGCAUGAAUGAUGCCUGUGGACCAGAACCAGCAAAAACAUUCCGGCAUCACAUACCUGUUCAAGUGGAGCAAGAAGAAAACCUCACAGAGAACCACAGAGAGAAAUCUCUCAGUAAAGAUCACUGCACUAUUGAAAUCAAUGAACUGGAAACAAAUGUGUAA